UUUUACUUCUUGCAAAUGCAGCUCAGUCUGCUGACAGUCCGCCGGCCCUCGCCCUCGGGUUGGUUCGCUCUGUCACGUGACCCGGUGGAAGGCGUGCCGCGUCAUCAAUCCGCAGCCAUGAACCGGGAGAGCAGCUUCAAAGCCCCUUCCAAGAGGCGCCUGCGUGGCUCCAAUCCCAACAUGGCCGCUUCUCACCAGCUGUUUGAUGACACCAGUGCGGGAGCUGUCCCCCAGGGCGCAGAGUUUCCGAAUCAUGGGUCUUCAUCACUGGGUAUCCCUACCCAGGCUUUCCUUUCAGAGCCAAUGUCUAAUUUCGCCAUGGCGUAUGGGAGCAGCUUAGCCACGCAGGGCAAGGAGAUGGUAGACAAGAAUAUCGAUAGGAUUAUCCCAGUGAACAAACUCAAGUAUUAUUUUGCUGUUGAUACUGUGUAUGUUGGGAAGAAGAUUGGCCUUCUUGUAUUCCCUUACAUGCACCAGAAUUGGGAGGUGCGAUACCAGCAGGACACCCCGGUGGCUCCAAGGUUUGAUGUGAAUGCCCCUGAUCUGUACAUUCCAGUCAUGGCGUUCAUUACAUACAUCCUUGUGGCUGGAUUGGCUCUGGGAACACAAAACAGUUUCUCCCCAGAGAUCCUGGGAAUGCAGGCAAGUUCUGCUCUGGCUUGGCUUAUAGUGGAGGUGUUUGCCAUCCUUCUCAGCUUGUACUUGGUAACCGUAAACACUGACCUGACCACCGUGGAUCUCAUAGCAUUUGCCGGAUACAAAUAUGUAGGGAUGAUCUGGGGGGUGCUUUCAGGCCUCCUUUUUGGGAAGACUGUGUAUUAUGUGGUUCUUGGAUGGUGCUGUAUGUCCAUUGCAUUUUUCAUGAUCCGCACCCUGAGGUUGAAAAUCUUGUCAGAAGCUGCUGCAGAAGGCGUUCUAGUUCGCGGGGCGAGGAACCAGCUGCGGAUGUAUCUCACUAUGGCCGUUGCUGCUGUGCAGCCACUGUUUAUGUACUGGCUGACCUACCACCUUGUGAGAUGAUGUCAGUGCGAUCCUGAGACGUUAAUGGGCACCGUCUCCUAUUUCAACCCACAUCAGGCGGCUCGAUACGUGUCACUCACGUUCCCCUUCUUAAAAUCAGUUUCUAUCCCUUGAGUUCCACACAUUCUGCAUUUGGACCUAUUUUAUAUAAUACAUACUUUAAAUAGGGAACUCAUAUGUGUUUGCAAAAACACUUCUGCAUCAAGGGCCAGUAAAUCCUUAGAUGUGGCAACCCAGUCUUCUCCCCAUUAGCUACAGUAAUCCUGUUUUCUCCCGUCUUAGAACACUUACCGAGGAGGCUUUUUGUAGGUUGAAGGCCAUCCGGUAGAACUUUGUCAAUCCAUCCUGACCUUUCACAUUUACCAGGUUUGACGAAAACCCAGUGUUCUCCAAAGUGCAGGAAAUGUCAUCAAGUAUCCCAGGGAUGAGCCAAAUAAAAAAGACUGGGAUUGUUUGCAAUGUGACAUAAAAUUCAAACUUCCCUUUUUCUGGAAACCUACACAUUGGAUUAAAUUGCUGAGUCUCAUAAA